UGGGCAUUGUGGACCUGUGAAUUUCCCUUUGCUAUAAAAUAAACGUCUUUCAAUAGGUUGAUCGACUGCGUAGCAAGCUAGAUGAGGCAAAUGCGUCUGUAGUAGGGUUUGAAGAGCGACUCCAGAGGCAAGUGCGCUAUGAAGGCAACAUGAAAAAAGUGGUAGCACAAUUGAAGGAUUACCUGUAUAUCUUUGAAGAUGAAAAUAGCAAACUUAAAGAGGACCUUGAGAAAAUGGAAAAUGUUAUCGAAGAUUUGCGAAAAGAGAAAUCACAACAGGAUUUAGCAAUGGCUGAAAAGGAGAAGGAAAAUAAAGAGAUGAAGAACAAAAUUGAUGCUUUUGAUACGGAAAGGUCAAAGUCAAAGUGCGACUGCAAGGAAAAAAUCAAGAAUUAUGAAGCGAAAUUUAAAGAAUUGUCAACGGAGAAGCAAUUGCUUGAUGAAAAGUUGCACAACUGCUCGUUGGUAGGGGACGAGAGGUCUAAUAAGAUUAUUCAGCUGACAGAAAGCAAUAAAAGAUUGGCUGAAAAAGUAGAAAAUAUACAAGAAAGAUUGGACGCCAUGUUUGAUGAGAAGACACAGUUAGAGCAUGCACUUGAACGAAAGAAAUUAGAAUGUGAUGCAAAGGAUAACGACUUGGUUGAUUUCAAUCGGAAGAUACUGGCUAUGGAAGAUAAACUGGCCACAAAAGAGCAACAACACGCGGCGAUUAGUCAGAAAUUGAAACUGUGUAUGAUGGCAAACGAAAGGGUUGACUUAGAAAGACGAAGAUCUGAUGAGGAUCUGUCUCGAGCUUCUGUUAUCAUAUCUGAAUUAGAAAACAAAGUAAGCACUCACAAAGGCAGUUGUGAAAAGUACAAAGCAGACAUUAAAAGUAAAGACAAUGAAAUUGCAAGGCUGACAGAGGAAUACCAUGGAUUAAGGAAUAAAGCAGAAGAAGGUCGUAUAGAGAGAGAAAUGCUCAAAGUGAAGAUGGAGAACAAUGAACAUAAUUAUGAAAAGCUUAUUGCAGAGCACAAUCGAGCAAAGGCGACUGAAAAAGAUUAUCAAAUCGAGCUGGAGAUUAAAAGGCGAGAAAUAGGCAGCCUGAAAGAAAAACUUGAGUCUUCAAGGAAAAAAAUGGCAAACUACGAGCAAGAGAACCGUCUGCUGGCCGAAAAGGUUACAAGCUUAGUUGCUGAUGGGGAGAAAUGCAGGGAAGCUAAAACUGAAGAAAUUGCAAGAUGCGAAGAGAAAUACGAGGAAUUGGUUCUGAAGUUGAAUGCAUUGAAUAAUGUCGUACUGCAAAAAGAAGCACUACUUCAAUCGUCUGAAAACAAUCUCAAGACAGAGAAGGAGCAGUCGUCAAAGUCAAUUCGAAAGUUGAGAAAGACGGUGCGUCAAUGCCAAGAAGCAGACGAGGCUAGUAGAAAUCAGCUGUCAUCUUUGCAACGAGACAACAACGGACUGCAAGAGAACCUCAACAGACUCCAGAAAGAAAACUCAGAAUUAAAUGAAGCUCUGAUUGUCGCGAGGAACAGCAAAGAAGAUAAUGAGCACGAAAUCAUGAAGCUUACUGAGAAGGUGUACGAUAUUGCCCAUGAUUUGAAGGAGUCUGAACAGUCCUGCAAGUCCCUGAAAAAGUCUUUAACGAAGGCAAAGGCUGAAAAUCUAACCAAAGCGAAUGAGACAGAGCUAUUUAAGGAUGAAGGAAUUGUUCUUCGUAAAAAGAUAAAAGAGUUAGAAGAAAGUAUCAAAAGGCUUGAAAGUAUCGUUGAGGAGCAACGUACAGACCAUGAAAAUCUGGAGAAUGAAUGUAAAGCAAAAAUGGCAGACAUAGAGAGUUUAAAGCAGGAGCAACAUAGUAAUAAUGAGCUAAUAGCCAAAGGAAAGCAGCAUAUCAGUAAUCUUGUGCAAGAAAAAGAUGCUUUGAUAAAUCGCCUAAGUCAAAAACAAGACCAACUGGAGAAUCUGAAGCAAGAACGAAAACAAUUGAAUCUUUCACUUCAGGAGAUACAAAAUACUUUGGGAGCUUCGGUGAAAGAAAAUGAGCGAUUGUCAGCAGAAGAGAAACAUCUUCUCUUAAAAAUCGAAGAUAUGCUGAAAUUUACAAAAACACUGGAGAGCAAGCUACAUGAAAAUGACACAAUGAUAUCCCAACUUGAAGAAAGAAAUGCGAAAUUAAACUUCGAGAAAGACUCUCUUCAGCUAGAGGCAAAAGAUUGUGCAGCAGAAAAACGCAGGUUGCUUGACAAUGAGAAGUACCUUCAAAAACAACUUAAUGAAAAGGAAAAACUGGCGGCUGAAGCAACAGAUGGCUUAGAAAAACUAGGUAGGCAAUUGCAAAUAAAAGAAGAUACACUUGUUACACUUGACAAUGACACCAAGGAACUAAACAGGAAGUAUAGUAAGUUACAUGAUGAAUUCUUGGAAACAACUGAAAGAAAAAAAGAAGUGGAAAAAGAUCGCGAUGAGGCAAGACAAAAUGUGAUACACUUGAAUAAAAUUCUAACUGAGCUCAAAGGCAAAGUUGAGGUUUUGAAUCAAAGCCUUGAAGAAGCAAGGGAAGAAAAUGAUGCAACGAAGAAAAAGUAUACCAAGAAGAAAAUUGAAGCGAAAGAUGCUGAGCAAAGAAUCAAUGAGCUUGAAAAGACAGUAACAAAGUUCGAGGAAGAGAACAAAGAACUUAAGGAAAAAUCAAACGAAUUAGCAAACGAAAUUCAGAGAUUAGAGGCUGCUUAUUAUGAGAUUAAAAGCAAAUGUGAAAAUAUUGAAAAAGAAAAGAAAGAGGUGAUGCAGCGAGAAGAGGAGGCGGCAAACAAGAUACAUAAACAAGAAAAGGAUUUCGAGGCAUUGAUGAAAGAAACCAAGAGCAUUUCAAAGGAGUUAUUGAAAGUGAAAAAGAACUACACUGAAACUCUUGGUGACGUCAUCAACCAAAAAUAUCUGAUUGAUGAGUUGUCAGGGAGCCAUCAAUACGAACAUGCUCAGAGAAAGAAAGUAGAAAAAGCCAUCGAAGAAAAAGAUGAUGAGCUCUUUGAGAUGAGACAAAAAAUUACUUGGUAUGACAACGAGCUUGUUAAAUUGAAGGGACUUUUUGAAAGCGAAAAGGGAUUAAGAAUUGAAAUUGCAAACGAUAUCAAGAAAAUUAAGAUGAACUGCGAGGCUCUAGAAGAAGACAAGAUUCGUCUUACGAAUGAAAAAGAAGAGAUUGAACAGCAUCUGAAGAUACGCGCCUCCCAGGUUAACAAAUUUUUGGUAGUUGAGCAAGAGAAGGUUGAAGAUAUGCGGCAACAACUCGAUGAGAAGAAUAAAGAUCUGGAGAAUUUUGAGCUAGAACUUGCUAGGAAUAGGGAAACCUUUAAAAAGCUGGAAGAAGAUCUUCAAGAAGCAAAGAAGGAGUCUCUAGGAAAGAGCAAUCGCAUACAGGAUUUAGAGAAAGACUUGAAAACAUUAUCAGACGACCAAAAAACACUGACAGACUUAAUAGAAGACUACAAAAACAAAAGUAGCACCAACGAAGAUCUGAUCAAAACAAUGCAAGUGAUGGCUAACAAAAAUGAGCUGGAAACUGCAGAGCUGAAGGAUAAAAUAAGCUCACUGGAAAAAGAAACAAGGUUCUUAGAGAAAGUAAAAGAGUCGUCAGAGAGAAGACUGCAGAUAAUUGAAGAAAAAGCAAAAGAAGCCGACAAGAAAUACAAAAUACAAUGCGGCGAAGAAUGUGCGCUGAGAGAAAGUUUAAAAACAGCGAGAUGGGAAUUUCUUAAGCUGCUUGAAGAGAAAGAGUGUAUCGAGGAACAGAAACAUGUUCUAGAGAUAAAGCUUCUUCAGGGUGACUCUGUUCAUAGUAGCAGAGGUGCAAGUCACGGAAGAGAAAUGUACUCUCUCUACGGAAAAAGUACAACUAGAGACGGCAAACGGAUGUCAGCUGACAAAGAAAUGACUCCCAUGUCAAACAGCAAUAGGCCAAUCCGACUGGAUAGCAAGUUUACAUCCCCUGGGAAUCUCGACUUUGAUUAUGAAGACGACGAGGAACUAGCAGCAAUACUGAAACUAUAAAAUCUUCACAUAUAGCAAAACAAACUCAGGCAGAAUUUCAUAAAAUAAAAAGUUAAUAGCUUAAUGUACAUAGCCGAAACGAGAGAAACAAAAAUUUGGGUUUAUACUGAUAAAUAAUGGUGGAAGUAGAUAAUUGGCAUAUUCAAAAACGGAUUUUUUAUAUAAUGAAUUAUAAAUUGAAUGAAAAACUAUUUCACUCACUGUUGUUCUACAUUUUUCAUUACGCAACAUGGUUGUGAGUACAAGGCAUAUGAUGAUAAUUGGUAGCAUGUGAAAUGGUGGAAGAUAAACAUCCGUUUUUAAAAAGACAAGAUUCACUGCCGAUUGCAAAAAUGGGAAUAAUUACCUGGUU